AUGGCUCAAGACAGCCUAUCCGACCGUGUUCUCGUUAACGGCACCAUUGUUAGUGCUACGUUAACGGCUGACGGAAAGCUCAGCUGGACAGAGGGAUUUCAUCGGACUUUGACUUUGGAGAACGAGGUUCUCGGUUUCGCAGUGGACGCCAAUAAAAUUAGAAUCAGAGCUGUUAUAGAGGAAGAAAGUAGAAUCUGGUGUGGCGGGAGAACCGGUGGUUUGAUGAGGAAGGAUUUUGUUUUCGAGCCUCUGUCGCAAGAGUCUCGUAGACUAUGGUGCCAAAAACUCCGUGAAUAUCUUGAUUCUCUUGGUAUGUUUAGUAAGAUGUUAUCUAAAUUCAUUUGUUUAUUUAGAUUUAUGUUAUGCCGCAUGUUUGUCUUUUAUUUUUGUGAAGGCCGGCCGAAGAGCCUGUUUAUUUUUCUGAAUCCGUUUGGUGGGAAGAAAACUGCGUCAAAGAUUUUUCUGGACAAUGUGAAACCACUCUUGGAGGAUGCUGAUAUCCAAUUCACUUUGGAAGAGACUACAAGACAACUUUACGCAAAGGAUGUUGCUAAAGGGCUGGAUCUUUCCAAGUAUGAUGGCAUAGUUUGUGUCAGUGGUGAUGGUAUCCUUGUUGAGGUGGUAAAUGGACUGCUUGAGAGAGAGGAUUGGAGGGUUGCAAUAAAAAUGCCCCUUGGAGUGAUUCCUGCAGGUACUGGAAAUGGCAUGGUUAAAUCUCUAUUGGAUUCAGUUGGUGAACCCUGUAAAGCAUAUAAUGCCACUCUUGCUAUUAUUCGAGGCCAUAAGCGUUCAUUGGAUGUAGCUACUAUUUUGCAAGGGGAGACCAAAUUUUAUAGUGUCUUGAUGCUUGCAUGGGGUUUGGUGGCAGACAUAGACAUUGAGUCUGAGAAAUAUAGAUGGAUGGGCAGUACUCGUAUUGACUUUUAUGCUCUUCAGAGAAUAUUGUGUUUGAGGCAAUAUAAUGGUCGUGUUUCUUUCGUGCCUGCAACUGGUUUUGAAGAUUAUGGGGAACCAACUAGUUACAAUGGCAAAUCAAUUAAUGAAAAGAAUGUCGGCGAUCCCAGCCAAGAGCAACCCAGUAAAGCUAGGCAAUAUGGCUACCAAGGAACUGAUGUUAGUUUAGAGAAUCUAGGUUGGAGGACAAUCAAUGGACCAUUUGUUUCAGUUUGGCUUCAUAAUGUACCGUGGGGAGGUGAAGACACAAUGGCGGCUCCUGAUGCAAAGUUCUCAGAUGGUUAUUUGGAUCUGAUUCUGAUUAGGGAUUGCCCAAAGCUUGAUUUGCUAAAAUUAAUGACGCAGUUGAGCAAUGGAGGUCAUAUCAAAUCAAAAUAUGUUCAGUACCUGAAGGUUAAAGCAUUCAUCUUAGAGCCGGGUACAUGUACACAUGACCCAACUAGAGAAGGAAUUAUAGACUCAGAUGGUGAGGUAUUGGCCAGAGGGAAAGGAACAUAUCUGUGUGACCAGAAGACACUAAUGGCCUAUGAUAAGCUUCAAAUAACGCUGGAUCAAGGUUUAGCUUCUUUGUUUUCUCCUGUAUAGGAAGUGAAUCUUUGUGUUACAUAACGUGGAUAUUAACCACUAAGAAUUAUUCAUGGAUUGAUUAUUUAUUUUUGAAUGGACAUAACUAGGGAGGACACAUACGAGAGUUGAAUAGGAAAAAAAGUAUAGUCUUUUCAAAAAUAAGUGAUUCUUUUCAAGGCAAA